AUGAUUGACGCCAACCACGAACCAAAGACGGUCAGCACGAUGGUACCUCAGCUAGCCCCGAGUAAAGUAAACUUCAACUUGUUGGACUCGCCGCUGGACUUUGAUGCGACCGGUGCUUCGUUAGAUGUUCAGAGCGGACGCUAUGCACCUAGUGGGCAGUUCUACGAUCGCGAGUUGUAUGGCAGUCUUCGUAAGGGCAGGGCCGUGAAUUUCUUUUCCAUGGAGUGUCUGGGCCUCGUGGCUGCUACGUUCACCUCCAUGUUGUCGUACCAAGCUCUGCUUGUGCUGGUGCAGCCGAUGUACAACACUCAAUUGGGCCUCAGCCCAACUUCGAUUUUAGAAGUGAAGCGAAUGAUCCAGAUGCCCAUGGUUCUGAGCUUCCUUGUGGGUCUGCUGUCUGAUUGCUACCCAAUCAUGGGUCUGCGUCGCAAAGGGUACAUGAUUCUCGGCUGCAUCACCAACGCCGUCGCGGUGUUCGCAAUCGCCAUUGUGAGUGCAUCUCUUGGCAACGACUCCACAGCUAGUAACGGAAUAGUGGCUGUUGCUCUAAUAUUUGUCGCUCUAGCCAGCAUGGGCUGCAUCACUACAUACGUGUGCGUGCACACCCGUGUGGUUGAGUACUCGCAGCGUGAGUCUCUGCGCGACCGUGGUUCAAUCCAAGUGACGUACUUGAUCUUUCGUCGCAUCGUAUCCAUCUUCACGUCGGUGCUCUCAUUUCUCGCGCUAGGCACGGGUCCAGAGCCCAACAUUUCGGUGUCGACGGCAAUGACUAUUCUCGGAGUUCUCUCGAUCUUACCUUUGCCGCUCGUGUUUCGAUACUGGGAUGAGGAGGUGUACUCGCUGAACACGUCCAUGAAGAUCCGAAGCCAGAUUUUGUGGAAAAUCAUGCAGCAGAAAGCUGUGUGGCGAAUCUUGGCUUUCAUCUGGUUCUUCACGUUAUUCUUGGGCAUCAGGUUUGAUCAAUCGACUGCUGUUGUUAGUGCGUGGGCCGGUGCGGACAAAGACAACUCGUUGCUUGUAAAGACCAUUCAGGAUCUCGUGAUGAUCGGCAUUAUGCUCGUGUGGCGCUACGUGUUUAUGAACCGGACGUGGUCCAUUUUCUUUGCUUUGGCGCCAGCUUUCCAGAUCGUACCGAACCUCUUUGUCACGGUCCUCGUCGCGCUUGACGUGGUGCGCAAUCACUACUUCUACCGAUUUUUUUACGCAAUGACGUACGUUGCAGACGGCAUCGGUCUGUUGAAUACCAUUGUGCCCGUGACGGAGAUUGUUCAAGAAGGGUCUGAAGGUGCGAUGGUGGGUCUCACGCUCACUCUGCAGCGGUGUGUGAACAUCUUCGUGGAUACGAAUGCCAAAGGCAUAUUCCGAGGGUCAAAUUUCUACAAUGUGGAUGAAGUAGCUGCUGAUACCUCUGGAGCGCGGCGCGACGUUGUGCUGUCGCUGCUGCUCAACUUCGGGCUGAAUGCUUUGGCCUGGGUCGGCCUCUUUUUCCUCCCUUCCCAGAAGCUCGACACGCAGCAGUUGCGCAUGUAUGGUGGGUUCACGAAGUGUGCAAGUGGCGGCAUUGUGUCCCUUUGUCUCUUGUUUUUUAUCUACUCGUUCGUGGUGACAAUUAUGUCGCUCAUUCCGUCCACCACGUGCGUUACGCUCGUCGGUAACUCUGGCUGCUAG